UAAGAUUAUUAUUAUUUUUUGAAUGGUAGAAUAAGAUUAUUAUUAUUUUUUGAAUGGUAGAAUAAGAUAAAUCUUAUUUAAUAAGAAUAGUCUAAAUGACAAAUGGCCUUUGGCUUAGUUACAUUACAUCACAUAACACUACUCCUUCAGAAUUUCCAGGAAAGAUAGAUGGAUCUUAAUGAUCUGAACAAGAUUUGGGAAGUUAAACCUCUGAAGAAUAAGAUAGGAGAAGAAGAUGCAAUGAUUUUACUAGAAAAAGUGGCCAAACAAGUUCAACCAAUCAUGCGCAAUCAUCAUUGGAAAGUCAGAAUCCUCUCUGAAUUUUGUCCCAGCAAUCCAUCUCUGAUGGGGUUGAACAUUGGGGGAGGAGCCGAGAUCAAACUCAGAUUGCGGAGGCCAAACUGUGAGUGGGAUUUCUUUCCUUAUGAACAAGUUCUUGAUACUAUGUUGCAUGAGCUCUGCCACAAUCAAUAUGGUCCUCACAAUGCCGAUUUUUACAAUCUUCUUGACCAAAUUAGAAAGGAAUGUGAGGAACUUAUUGCUAAAGGGAUCACGGGCACAGGGCAAGGAUUUGAUCUUCCUGGAAGAUGCUUGGGGGGCUUCUCUCGGCAGCCUCCUUUAUCAUCAAUGCGGCAAACUGCCCUGGCUGCAGCCGAGAACAGAGCACGACGCGGUGCUGUGCUGCCAUCAGGCCCUCAACGUGUAGGUGGUGAUGGCAACAUUAAAACUGCACUCAGCCCAGUACAAGCUGCUGCCAUGGCUGCAGAAAGGAGAUUACAUGAUGACUUAUGGUGUGGUUCCAAAUCUUUGGAAGGUAUUAGUGACUUGAAAGAAAAUGUUGAAGCUUCUAGUAAGUCAAAUAUUUCCAUAACUUUUGAAGGUGUAUCUAGCCGAACUUCACCUCGUGGACAAACGACUGGCCAGAAACCAGUAGAUGAUCAUCCACAAUGGCAGUGUCAUAUGUGCACUUUAUUAAAUCAGCCAUUGGUACUGAUAUGUGAAGCCUGUGGGACUGAGAGGAGCAAGAGUAUUGCAAAUUUCAAGGUUUGGUCAUGCAAAUUUUGUACAUUGGAAAACAGUGUGGAGUUGGAAAGAUGCAUAGCCUGUGGAGAAUGGAGAUAUUCAUAUGGUCCACCUGUAUCCACUUGAUCGCACUCGGGAACAUAGGCGAGAUGAACAAUACAUGUAUCACUUGAGAACAAAGUGUAUUAUGCUUUUGCAAUGUUAAACCCUAAUGCACAUAUUCCAGUACUUGGAACAUAUAUUUGUAAAGCAUGCCAUUGUUUAAAUAGAAUGAUAGUUCUGCAA